AUGAUAAUCGAACCCUUGCAAUAAUAAGUUCUCAUUAACAAAGACAAAAAUAAUUUCUAAGGAUUGACUGUGCGUCAAAAAAACAAUUACCAAGGGACUAAUCAAUUUGUUUAACGUAGGAAAUAUUCAAAACCAAAAUAAUUCUCAACCCAAUUCCCAUAAAUCAAAAAGGAUGAUACUCAAUAUGAAUUCAAAAUGUUUCACCACGUCCAAAAUAUGAAGAGUGCUCACUACCAAUCCAAAUAUACCUUAUCAAUGGGAAUCAUCCCUAAUCUUAUUCUGCACACCUACUUCGAUCAGAUUGUAUUCUAUGAUAUGGCCAAGUUGAAAUCACAAUCAGCUAGAAUAUCCCUUGAAGCAAUAGGAUUGGAUGUUUUUGAAAACAUUUGUGCUGUGGCUGGAAUGAAUGGCGACCUCUUGAUGAUUAAUCUCUACAAUGGAACCCUGUAUAAAUAGAACAUCAAUUUAAAAAGACACUUUAUCAAUCAUGUGCAUUUCUAUCAUGAUUAUCUCAUCACUAAUGAUAACGGGGGAUAUAUUAAGAUAUUUGACUAUUAGAAUGGACUCAAGGAGAUAUUCUCAUAUGAAGAUAAGGCCUCCGUCAAUCUUACAGCUGUGAACUAGAAUAAACAAAUAGCCUAUUGUGGAGAUCGAAUAGGAUUGAAUGUCCUGGAUGCUUUAUCAGGUAAGAUGAUACAUACAAUGGAUCCGCAUACUGAAUUUGGAUUUGCUGUUGCAUUCAAUCCCAGUAAAGGCUAUGAACUUGCCUCCUCAAGCGAGGAUGGUUCAGCUGUCAUCUAUGAUUUGCGUUCUCCAAAACUCCCCAUUUAAUAGUUUAUUGGUUCAAAUUUCCCAAUCUACAAUGUAACAUAUUAGCGAAAUGGAUCUCAUUUGUUUAUUGCUGAGUCUAGUUCCCAUUUGCAUGUAUUGGAUACCACUCUUUAUGAUAAGAUCUAAACGAUAUCAGUGUUUGGAGAGGUCUCAGGAAUAGUUAAUGACUUUUAUGAUGAUAAUAGAUUCUAUUUCAGCACUAGUUGUCAAUAUGGUGAUGGGAUAUGUGAAUUCGUUAAGUGA